AUGCCACACAUUGAAGUGAUGAUUGAAAUUGAGAGCGAUGGAGAGAGUGGAUCGAUUAAAGUUCUUGAUCGCUCACUCGGCACUCUGACCAAACCUCAUCCCUUCCAAUUGGAAUCUCAGAUGUGGCCACUUGUGACAAAGCUUAAGAAGAAUCCUCGUUCAUUCGUAAUUUUUCUUUUACACCAAAUCGACUUCGAAACGAAAUACUGGAAACGUGCUGACGAAAUUCUUCAAAAGAUUUCGAAAAAUUGUCAAGAAAUGAGAGCUUUUGAGGAGAUCAAGUUGGCUGGUGUUAGUUCUGAGGACAUCGAUGUGCUUAGUCGAUAUUUUGACCGGAUCGAGUGCGAGAAGCUGCGUUUGAAGAACUUCUCUAAUGACUCGGAAAUCGAAUAUUUUCAUGGAAUCUCAGAGCGAAUUUCUGGGAAAGAGACAAUCAGAGAAAACAUUCAA